AUGAAGUUUUCAAUUAUAGGACUCAAACAAGAAGUCAUCUCAACUUUACUACUUCAUAUGGACAGAACAAUUUACCAGGUUGAAACAUUCACCCAAUUUGGUGUCGUAUUUCUAUGCUUCUUGUUGAGUCUAGAAUUCUCCACUGCUAAGAUUGCAAUGGAGAAUAUUCAAUUAAGUGAUCAAGAAGCUGUUGUUGAUGGUCAGUGUGGAUCUAGUUUACAAGUUUCGGCUGAUUUAAGUUUAAUAAAUAAAAAGUCGGUUGAGUCUUUUUGCGAGGAAGACGACGCUUUACUUAGUGAAGACGAUGCUUCAGUUAGUGAAUUUGAGGAAGAAUAUGAAUUAGCCAACAUAGAGGAUCAACUUGAGACUGAGGAUAUUGAUGCUUUGGAAACAAACAAUGAGAAUGAGCAGAAAGAUGACAUUACCUAG